AUGAAAUCCUUUACGUAUGAUGGAGGAAUGAAUGAAGCGACAAGAAUUCCAGAAGGCACAGAGCGGCUUGUCAUUGCUUCAUCCGUAAAAGUACUCCCCAUGAUCGUAUGCCAAGACUGUGCCGAUACCUUGCAAGAGAUUGUUUUCCCAUCGGAAGGAGAGUGCAAUCUUCGUCAGAUUGAUGGUUUCUGGAUGGCAGAAACGAAUGACGAGGACGACGAUAGCGACUACCAGCACAGUGAGGAUAAUGCGGAUUGGGACAUUGCCAUAGGACGAUGCAGUGCCUUGAAGAGGUUGGCUAUUCCUUCCUCUGUAGAGAUCAUUGGAAACCACGCAUUUUUUCUUUGUACAGGUUUGGUGGAGGUAAAUCUCUCCGAAGGCUUGAAAACGAUUGGAUCGAAUGCGUUUGGCAUUUGCUCUUCGUUAUCCAAGAUUGGGAUUCCGUCUACGGUCGAGACCAUUGGUAAACUCGCUUUUGGGGACUGCAUCAAGUUGGAUGAAGUAAAGUUCGCCGCUGAAAAUAGGGUGAAACAAAUUGAAGAGAUGGUCUUUUCGGGCUGCGCUUCAUUGUCAGAUAUCAACCUCCCACAAACAAUUGAAGAAAUCGGGGCCGAGGCCUUCAACGACUGCAGAAGCCUGAAAUCAAUCGAUCUUCCCAAACAACUAAGAAUCAUCAAACAAGAGGCGUUUGCAAGUUGCACAAAGCUUGAAGAAAUACAGCUAUAUGAUGGGAUCAAAGAAAUUGAACAGCAGGCGUUUGAAGGAUGCAGCGCACUGCUGAGGAUUGCGAUUCCUUCCACAGUGGAAUAUCUUGGGAACUGUGCUUUCUUUGAUUGUUUUGCGUUGGUAGAAAUUAUUCUGAAACCUGGACGAUUGAAAUGCGUACCACAGGAGUCAUUUGCGUUAUGCGACAGUUUGCAAUCGAUUUCCAUUCCUUCGACGAUCGAGAGUAUCCAACAAUGCGCAUUCACAAAUUGCAGUCUUAGAUCGAUGGAGAUACAUCCUGACUCUACCAUCGAAAUUGAAGAAUACUCGUUGGGAGGUAACGAACAGCUUCGCAAUCUUUCGUGGGAGGCCAGCCCUAAUGCAUGGAUCAGUCGAAGUGCACUUCUUCGAGAUGAUUCGGAUGAAGAAGAUCUUGACGAUCCAGAGUUUUGGAAAAGUCGCUUUAGCGGGUACCUUGUUCACAAUAUGUGCUACCAUGCAUCUACGACCAAGAUUCUUCAACUCAGCAGGUCUGUGGACCUUUGUAAGCCUUCAGUGAGUGCUAACGUUGGCUCUGAUGUCCGAUUUAGAAAUCACGCAGUAGACAAAUAUGGCAUGACUCCGUUCCAUGUCCUGCUCUCUGCCGCCAAACGGAGACAAGAUUUGCUCGAUGUUUUGUUGGACAGGUAUCCUUUGCAAUUGCUAGGAUGGAAAGAUAGAUGGGGCAAGCGUCCGUUAGAUGGCUUGGCUGGGAACUGGACUAGCGAAGCCAGGGAAAUGACAAAGAGUGUUGUGCAGAAAUGGAUGAUUGAUCGGAUGGCCACUUGGGGCUUGCCAGCAUGGAAAGAAAAUAUAUCGAGAAGACUGAACAGGUUAAUGGAACCUGAGCGGGGGCAUCCAAGGUUGGAUGAAUUAUGUGAUCAGUUUUCAUAUUUCGAACGAGUGGAGGCCACGUCGUUGUUGGAACUGUGGUUGUGGAAAAUGGCGAUACGAUCCACUCGAAAAGAAGACAAACGUUUUCUCUUGGAGGACCGAUGCAGCAGUCGGAAUUGGUGCGGCGCUUCCUUUGUCAUCCCAAUUGUUAUAUCGUUUCUACCGGAAGUAGACGAGAUAGCUGACAGUGUCAGUAGCGAAAGGGAUGAUGAUAACUUCAAUGAACGUCAAGAUAACUAUUCUGAUGAUUCAAGUGGUGACAGUGAAGAAGCCUUGUAUUCUGCGAAGUACAAGCGUCUCCGGUUCUUCCCAUCCAGCUCGGACACCUCUGCUGCUGGCGACGAUAGCGAUAGUCAUAUAAUCAUGCAUAUAGAGUCUAUUUGA